UCGAGAACGUUCGAAACUUUGCAAGCUCUCUUUUCCGGUUAUGUAAACCCGUAUGAAGUUCCGUUUGGAAUAAAUGAUUUGUCGAAAGAAAAGCUGAAUGUAGCGAAAUGGCUUUCGCCAUUGAGGGAGCUGGAUUUUUCAAGUCUUUGGUUGGAAGACAUGUGCCCAUUCACAGGAUGGGGAUUGUCAAGAGAUUUGCUAGUUUUAAACAGAACUUUGGAUAAACAAUCUUUUUAUAUGAAAUUUUUAGAUACAUGUAGAAAAGUAGGAAUUGACGAUAUUGGGAACACGUUAGCUAGCUGUAACAUUCUUAAAUCUAACGGGAUGAGUAACCCCUUUAAUUCAAAGACAAUCUGUUAUAACGGGAGACAUCAUCAUUCAUAUUUGUUUUCAUAUCUAAAGAUGUUUCAAAGGACCAUGAACCAUAGGGCCAAACCUUUCAUAUCAUACAUGGUAUCAAGUAUAGCUCAUGAACUUGGAGGCAAAAGAAAUCAAUACAUUGAUAGUGAUUUAGCGGAGUAUUUGAAGUUUUCAAGUGGCAUGGACAACACAUUAACUAUAGUGUUCUCCGAUCAUGGCAAUGCAUACCGAGAUAGCCAAGGUAGAAAUUCCAACAGAGUAUUAGAAGUAUUCAAUCCCUUUCUUUUCAUGAUUAUACCAAAAUCAGUUCAGUCCAUGCUUUCUGCCAAUCAAAUGCAAGCCCUGAAGAUCAACCAGAAUCGAUUGAUAAGUUUAUUAGACCUCCAUUAUACUAUUUCAUACAUCAUUCAACUAUUGCAGAAUGAAAAAAAUUCUGAAACAAGCUUAGACAAUGAUGUCAAUGACUUUAACAAACAAUUCAAUGUAUCUGAAGAGGGGCUACUCACAGAAAUAUCAGCUUCAAGAACUUGCAGCAUCAUGCCAAGAAUAAUGCCGAACCUUUGCAUCUGUAAAGGGUACGAUGCUUCCUCUAAAGACCAGUCAUAUAAUUUCUUCUCGCGGUCUAUUCUGUAGGCAUGAUGAAUAAUAAUAUACAACAGCAAUUGCAAAAUUCCGGUGGUUCCGUGGAAAGAACAGAAACUUAUCUUGGUGGUUUCAAGAAUUGCAAAAGAAUGAAAGUGCAGAAGAUUAAGAAUGUUGCAGAAAAUCGUAAAAAUAAUUUUACAAAAACAACGAAAAUGGAUUUAUAUGUGGAAACAGAUGGACAGACUGUGGAUGAAUUUUUUUUUAUAAGUGUUAUAAUUAAAGACUUAAAUGUUUCACGCAGCAAAUACGAACGUGUGACACCGUAUGAUAAAUAUUCCAGCUGUUCAGACAAAGACGUCGAAGCGCAGUUAUGUAUAUGUAAUGAUCUCAAUGAACGUGAUGCAAACAGGACAGCUCUGAAUACUCCAAGAGCGGAAUACGUGAUGAAAAGUAUUCUAUAUUCCAAUUUGCAACAUAACGUUACUUCAAUAAAUGUUGACGGUGAUGCAUGUCUUUACGUCAUCGAACAAUUUAACGAAAGCGGCAUUGUGUAUGACUCAUUUAAUGAUUGCAAUACGUCAUUGACUUUACGUCUUUUAUUUAGACAGGUGAAUAUAAAUAUCUCAACAGCCAACACGGUGGAAAUAAACUUGUCUCCUGGCGAUAUCAAAUUUCUUGCAGCCGGCGUGAGUAAUAAAAAGUGGUCAUGUUCUGUAAAUGUAGAUGUCAAAGUUUGAUCAGAGAUCACAAACUCAAAUCGAAUCUGUAAUUUGUAUCAGUAAAUUUGUUGCUUUCUUUGCUUCUGAAGAAUCGUCAUUCCUUCAGAUUUUAUUUUCAUAACAUCCAAUGUCAAGCUUCACAGCAGUGUUUUAAUAAAAAUAUAAUCAUUCACAAUCAUUGAUUUCAGCACAUUAAUUGUUGAAGAUGGAAUACCUCUUAAGUCGGUGCUAGGGGGCGUCAGACAUGGUGUACUUUACAUUUAUUUAUUUCUCAUGAAUAGACCCAAUUAAACCAAUUCUGCAAGUUGUAUAUCAUUACGUAGUUUUCAUUGCUUCCGAGAGAGCUCUUCUCUUUUAGGUUUUCUCAAGAUUAAAACGGCAUGAACAAUAUCUAACGGUAUCCAUUUUAUUAACAACACGUCUUUUUGGGGGGCGGGGGGCAAAAUGUAACAAAGGUACAAAUGUAUCAAAAACAACUGAACAUUUAA